AUGGAGCUCUUGCUUAUCGCUAUUUGGACGAAUGUGUCUAUCUCUUCCGUAAUUUUCGUGAUAGUUGUUUGCGACUUUGCCAGGAAAUUUUUAUCAAAUCGACACCUGCCGAACGUGAAAUCGAAAUUCUCCAAAGCGUUCUUCACUUUGCUGCCGCUCCUUGGCGUACAAUAUUCAAUUUUAGCGCUGCUCAAGUCAAAUAGAAUUACACAGAUUCUUUCUGUAGUUUUCACUGCUUCACAUGGGCUCGUAGUAGCGGUACUAGUUUGUUUUCUUUCUGAGGAACUUGGUGCCGCCAUCAAACGCUGGAUCUGCUCACGGCAGUUCAACAAUCCCCGUCAAAAUAUUCCGCCAGGAGAACGCCAAAUAUCCUCAAGAGACGAAGAGACUUUAAUCGCUCAGCAAUCGAUUUAA